GAUUUUCGAAAGUAUCGUGAGGUGUCGAGCUGUGUGGAAGCGACUCCAUUUCCACUCUGGCCAGCGAUGAAGUCGUCGUGCUAUUCCAUCCUCGUAUUCUGUGCAGCUCAUCUAGCAGCCGCCCGAUACCUCCGAAACCAGAUAGCGAAUGUCAAGAGUCCGUUGGACGUCAGGUCUGUCGCAUCCGCCCCCGUCGACGACGAAGAUGGGGGUGUCCCCUGGAGCAACUUUCAUGUGCUCAAUGAACACCAGGGCGCAGAUGUUGAUUCGUCUCUCGCUGAUGAUGUCGUGAACGUCGACGCUGUGGACAGCAGGAUUGACGGCAGCGCGGCGGAGGAACGCGCCGAAGACGCCUUCGUUGGGAACGAAGUUGAUGGAGAGGAGAUCGAGGACCUUGUGGACUCCACACUGAUCAGUGCAGCGCAAGUGCCAGUCGCUGGGGGUGAAAGCGACUUAGACACUCUACUCGACGAGAACGACACCUUCGUUGGGCUCGAAAAACAAGUCAAUGAUGCGGACAACGAGGAAGACGAUCUCUUCAACAGUGGCGCUGUACUUGAGAGCACCCCGACGGCCCAGACUGAUCAAGUAGUUACCUCGGAGUUUGAGCCCAUGGAUGGCGAUGCAGAGAUUGAUGCCAUCGUUGAUGACGGCUUUCAAGGGGACCCAACAUUCGACAAUGAAGACGACGAUGAGAAGCAAGUCCUAGUUGGAAAAGAUGGCGACGUUCAAGUCGAUCCUUUUCCCGACGGUGUGGACCCAACCGACAGUAGUGAGAUGGACGGCUUCGAGGUUUAAAUCGACCCAAUUGCCGAUGUCGGCGCUUUUCAACACGACACGAUUGUACAUGACUCGAUCGACGACGGCAAAGGUGCAUGAUGUUGUGGACGAAGUCAACGUUCCAGCCGGUCCGUUGUCCGGCGAUGCUGACGACGAUAGCCAGUAGAUGGGGCAGUUUUGUGGUAUCAAGCGAUCAAGUGAAUGGCGUAUCACUACUGAGUGGAAUUUGAGCCGAAUGGGAAAAACACAUGAGAUAAAAAUGGCAACAUCACUCGACUGACUUGGGCACCAAGCUAUGGCUUAUUGCGUGGUGGUUCAGGGCCACGUUCGCGCCGAGAAAUGUCACGCACGCAAGGAUCUCGACGACGAAGCAGCUUCCUGGGUGCACGCCGACCUUGUUCAGAGGACUCGCUUG